GCGGGGCCUUGCGCCGUCCUGCAGGGCCGCUUCCACCUCUACGAGGGCUACAGCCCCGCCCAGGUGGUGAUGCCGGUGCGCACCCUGGCCCUCCUGGGCGUCCACACGCUGGUGCUGACCAACGCCGCCGGCGCCCUGAGCCCCGGCCUGGCCCCCGGACACCUCCUGGUCAUCCGCGACCACAUCGACCUGCCCGGCCUGGCCGGGCGCAGCCCAUUGGUGGGGCCCAACGAUGACAGAUUCGGGCCGCGCUUCCCGGCCAUGACGGACGGCUACGACCCCGCCCUGCGUCGCCUGGCCCUGUCCCUGGCCCCCCCCGAGCUCCACGCCCGCCCGGGGGUCUACGUGGGCGUGGGGGGGCCCAGCUACGAGACCUGGGCCGAGUGUCGGCUCCUGCGGCGCCUCGGCGCCGACGCCGUCGGCAUGAGCACGGUGUCGGAGGCGGCGGCGGCGCGUCACUGCGGCCUGCGGGUCCUGGGCCUGUCCCUCAUCACCAACGCGGCCCCAGGCGACAACGAUGAGGAGGAGGAGGAGCAGAAGGGCAUCGGGGCGGGGCCCGGGGCCGAGGCCACGCCCCCCGGGCACGAGGAGGUGCUGGCGGCCGCCCAGGAAGGGGCGCGGCACCUCCGCCGGCUCCUGCUGGCCCUGGCGCCGCGACUGGCAGACGGGGCACGGGCCUAGGGGGCAACAAGGGGGUCACCCGGGGCCCGGGGCUGUCCCCGUGUCCAUCCCGUGUCGGUCACGUGUUGUUACUGCUGAUUCCGGCCUUAAACCACCCCCAUUGGUCCCGUGUUCAUCCUGUGUCCAUCCCGUGUCCAUCCC